AUGCGCAGCAGGAGCAACUCGGGCGUGCGGCUGGACGGCUACGGGCGCCUGGUGCAGCAGACCAUCCUCCGGCACCAGGACGCGGUGACGGGCCUGCUCCCCGCCAGCGCCGACCACCGGGAUGCCUGGGUCCGGGAUAACGUCUACAGCAUCCUGGCCGUCUGGGGGCUGGGCCUGGCCUACCGCAAGAACGCCGACCGCGAUGAGGACAAGGCCAAGGCCUACGAGCUGGAGCAGAGCGUGGUGAAGCUGAUGCGGGGGCUGCUCCAGUGCAUGAUGAGACAGGUGGACAAGGUAGAGGCGUUCAAGUACAGCCAGAGCACCAGGGACUGCCUGCAUGCCAAGUACAACACCCACACCUGUGCCACCGUGGUGGGGGACCACGAGUGGGGUCAUCUACAGCUGGAUGCCACCUCCCUCUAUCUGCUCAUGCUGGCGCAAAUGACGGCCUCAGGCCUCCACAUAAUUCACAGCCUGGAUGAAGUCAACUUCAUCCAGAACCUCGUGUUCUACAUUGAAGCAGCCUACAAAACCGCGGACUUUGGGAUAUGGGAACGCGGGGACAAGACGAACCAGGGCAUCACCGAGUUGAAUGCUAGCUCUGUCGGCAUGGCCAAGGCUGCCCUGGAGGCACUGGAUGAGCUGGAUCUCUUUGGAGCAAAGGGAGGCCCGCAGUCGGUGAUACGCGUGCUGUCAGAUGAGGUGCAGCACUGCCAGUCCAUCCUCCACUCAAUGCUGCCCAGGGCUUCCACAUCCAAGGAGGUGGAUGCCAGUGUGCUCUCUGUCAUCUCCUACCCGGCGUUUGCUGUGGAGGACAGCGAGCUGGUAGAAAUCACCAAGCAAGAGAUCAUCACAAAGCUGCAGGGGCGCUACGGCUGCUGCCGCUUCCUCCGGGAUGGAUACAGGACCCCCAAAGAGGACCCCAACCGCCUCUACUACGAACCUGCUGAGCUGAAGCUGUUUGAGAACAUUGAGUGUGAGUGGCCUCUUUUCUGGGCAUACUUGAUCAUUGAUGGGAUUUUCAGCGGAAACAUGGAGCAGGUGCAGGAGUACCGGGAAGCCCUUGAGGGGGUUCUCAUCAAGGGGAAGAAUGGGUUGCGCCUGGUGCCAGAGCUGUACAGUGUCCCACCAGAUAAGGUGGAUGAGGAGUACAGGAACCCCCACACUGUGGACAGGAUACCCAUGGGCAAGCUGCCGCUUAUGUGGGGGCAGUCCCUCUACAUCCUGGGCUGCCUGAUGGCUGAGGGGUUUCUAGCUCCCGGUGAAAUAGAUCCCCUCAACCGCCGGUUUGCAACUGUCCCCAAGCCCGAUGUGGUGGUCCAAGUGUGCAUCCUAGCAGAGACAGAGGGGAUCAAGGCUGUCCUGAGGAAGGAGGACAUCGACGUGGAGACUGUGGCAGAUGUCUACCCUAUCAGAGUCCAGCCUGCUCGCAUCCUCAGCCACAUCUACGCCCGGCUGGGCCGCAACAAGCAGAUGUGCCUGACGGGACGGCCCUACCGGCACAUGGGCGUCCUUGGGACCUCCAAGCUCUACAACAUCAGGAAGAACAUCUUUACCUUUACCCCGCAGUUCAUAGACCAGCAGCAGUUCUACCUGGCUCUCGACAACAAGAUGAUUGUGGAGAUGCUGAGGACGGACCUCUCGUACCUCUGCAGCCGCUGGAGGAUGACCGGGCGGCCGACCAUCACCUUCCCCGUCUCCCACACCAUGCUUGAUGAAACUGGCAGUAGCGUGCACCCCACGGUGCUGGCAACGCUGCGGAAGCUGCAGGAUGGGUAUUUCGGUGGCGCAAGGAUCCAGACGGGUAAGUUGUCGGAGUUCCUGACAACGUCGUGCCGAACGCACCUCAGCUUUAUGGACCCUGGGCCAGAGGGUAAGGUCUUUGCCAAGAGUUACGAGCUCAGCAUUGACAGCUUUGAGGAGCUAUACGCCGAGGAGUGGCUGCAUGGCUUGCAGAUAGCAGAGGAUGCAGACACCUAUGACGAGGUUGCUCAGUACUUAGACCACCUGCUGCAGCGCACGGUUCCCCAGUCAAACCUCCCUCCCACUGCCCAGCGGGGAGGGCUGAGCCGCUUCCGGGCUGCUGUCCACACCACCCGUGACCUCAUGUCCCUGGCAUCCAAGGCCAAGGACCUUCAUGUUCAGAAUGUUGGGAUGUAUGUCCCCAGCAAGAUCUUCCAGGCAUCCCAGCAGUCGGUCAAGCUACUGAGUUCACCCAGCCAGCACGACCUGGAUGGCAAGAGCCAUGCGCUCUAUGCAGACAUGAACCUGCCUUGUGAUAAGGAUGGCAACGUGGACUGCAAGGCGCUGGUGGACCAGCUGCGCAUCUGCCCUACGCUGCAGGAGCAAGCGGACAUCCUCUACAUGCUCCACAUCCUCAAGGGGCCCGAGUGGCACACGGGGCUUGAUGGCGAGCCUGGCCCCACUGUCAAGGAGCUCCUCACUGAGCUGUACGUGCGGGUGGGGGACACGCGCCAGUGGGCCCUGAUCCGCUACAUCUCUGGCAUCCUCAAGAAGAAGGUGGAAGCUCUGGAUGAGGCCUGCACUGACCUCCUCUCUCACCAGAAGCACUUGACAGUGGGGCUGCCCCCGGAGCCACGUGAGAAGACAAUUUCUGCCCCGAUCCCCUACGAGGAACUCGUUCGCCUCAUUGAUGAAGCCAGUGAGAAGAACCUCAGUGUGUCCAUCCUCACCCAGGAGAUCAUGGUGUACUUGGCCAUGUACAUGCGCACACAGCCUGCACUCUUCACUGAGAUGUUCCGCAUCCGCAUCGGGCUCAUCAUCCAGGUGAUGGCAACGGAGCUGGCGCACUCCCUGCGCUGCUCAGCUGGAGAAGCCACUGAGAACCUGAUGAAUCUCAGCCCGUCAGACAUGAAGAGCCUCCUCUACCACAUACUCUCCGGCAAGGAAUUUGGGGUGGAAAGGAGCGUGCGAUCGGUCGACUCAUCGCUCACCACUGCUGUCUCCAUCUGUGAGGUGGGGCCUGUUGGGGCCACCAAGCCUGAGCGUGCUGGCAUCGUCAGGCUGAAAAGUGAGAUCAAACAGGUGAGGACAGGUGCAUUCUCUGUGGUCCUUGUUUUGUCUGCCCAGUCUGCUGGGCACUCGGAGCUGCUGGGCAAGGGCUCCUUUUCGAGCAUGCUGGGAGACCAGGGCAGUAAGGACAGCCGCCAGGGCCAGUGGCAGCGGAGACGGCGGCUGGAUGGGGCCCUCAACCGUGUCCCUGUGGGCUUCUACCAGAAGGUCUGGAAGGUCCUGCAGAAGUGCCAUGGCCUCUCCGUGGAGGGCUUUGUUCUUCCCUCUUCAACAACCAGAGAGAUGACCCCAGGGGAAAUGAAGUUUGCUGUGCAUGUGGAGUCAGUCCUCAACCGUGUGCCGCAGCCAGAGUACAGGCAGCUGCUGGUGGAGGCUAUCUUAGUGCUCACCAUGCUGGUGGACAUGGAGGUGCACACCAUCGGUGGCAUCAUAUCUGUGGAAAAGAUCUUACAGAUGGCCAAUGACCUCUUCUAUGAGGAGCAGAAAGCCCUGGGCGCUGAUGACCACAUGCUGGAGAGGGAUCCCGUGACAGGCAUCUGCAGCCUGCUGUAUGACAGCGCACCGAGUGGUCGGUUCGGCACCAUGACCUACCUGUCCAAGUCGGUGGCCAUGUACGUGUACGACUUCCUGCCCACUGACAGCUGCUCCAUGCAGUAGCUGUCGCAGCUCCUCUCCCCAGGUUGCAUACACCACGGGAGGGUUGUUUCAUACGGCUUUUAAAGAUGGGCAUUAGGCUAGUUUGCAGGCAGCCUGCGUGGCCAUCUCUCCUCCCAGUCCUGGCCUCUCGGUUGGUGAGCGGCUCUCCGGAGGGGCUCCACAGGAGGCACACGUGCUAAGCUGACCUGUGCCUUUGUGCAGCCUGUGGAGCAAGGGCUGGUAGGGAAAGGCUGAGCUUUGAAGCCUGCUUGUGUUAGAAGUGUCUGCCUCCGUGGCUUCUCCUGGGCCAUCACCCCUGGAGGGGCCUGUGUUUGAAGGAGAUGGAAAGGGGCCCCCCCCUUACCAGGCAUGUGUACUUGGCACUGCAGCGCCCCAUGGCCAGCUCCAGCUCACAGUCUCCCUGCCUCCAGCAGAUCUGAGGUUUUUAACCUGUUCUGUGCUGCUUUUUAUUCCAAGUCUGCAGGGUUUAUACUAGUGUAGGCUGGAGCUCUUGCUCUUCCUGCUGCUGAUGGAAAAGCUUUGUUAGAGAAUACCAGUGCACCCAAAAUCAAAACAAUCAAACCCAGCCACAGCUGUGCUGCUUGGAAGUAGGCAGCCCAUCAUGCCACCUUCAGGGGUCCUGUGUGUAGAGCUGGGGAGGCUGUGGGAGCCCGGAGCAUCCCAAGGUGGUAACGGACCCCUGUUACCACCAAGCUGUGAGGACAGGGCUUCUGGCUGGCUGGGGGAUGCCAGUGGCAGCCCCUCCAUGCUGUCAGCUCUGUCCCUGGCAGUGUUGCCAAUGGCUAAGUCGCAGGUUCCUGAGUUCAUACAUGCCCUGUGAAGCAGCUCUGAUCUGCCUGCUUGGCUCAGCAUUAGCUGUGCCACCACAGAUGUGCUCUUAGCGCUCAACUCCAGCCUCUGCCCCAGCUCCCACAGCCUUGCCCAGGAGAGGGCUGGUGACUUUAGAGUGGGUCCCAGCUCUGCUCUGUCUUGCUGGUCAAACCCCACAUAGGAUAAUGCAGUUGGACUGACUGGGAUCAGGCACACACACCACAAAGCAGUGGGGAGAGUGGGGUUAUAGAAUCAUAGAAUAGUUUGGGUUGGGAGGCACCUUUUAAAGGUCAUCUAGUCCAACACUGCUGCAAUGAGCAGGGACAUCUUUCACUAGAUCAGGUUGUUAGAGCCCUGUCGAAUCUGACCUUUAAUGUUUCCAGGGAUGGGGCAUCUACCACCUCUCUGGGCAACCUGUUCCAGUGUUUCACCACCCUCAUUGUAAAAAAAAUUUCUUCCUUAUAUCUAGUCUAAAUCUGCCCUCUUUUAGUUUAAAACCAUUACCCCUUGUCCUAUUGCUACAGGCCCUACUAAAAAGUUUGUCCCCAUCUUUCUUAUAAGGCCCCUUUAAGUAUUGAAAGACCGCAGUAAAGUCUCCCUGGAGCCUUCUCUCCAGACUGAACAACCCCAACUCUCUCAACCUCUCUUCCUAGCAGAAGGGUUCCAGCCCUUGGACCAUUUCUGUGGCCUCCUCUGGACAUGGUCCAACAGGUCCAUGUCCUCCUUGCGCUGGGGACCUCAGAACCGGACGAAGUGCUCCAAGUGGGGUCUCACCAGAGUGGAGCAGAGGGGCAGAAUCACCUCCCUCAACCUGCUGGCCACGCUGCUGAUGAUGGACCCAGGACACAGUUGGCUUUUUGGGCUGUGAGCACACAUUGUUGGCUCAUGUGCAGCUUUUCAUUCACCAGUACCCCAAAGUCCUUCUCUGCAGGGCUGUUCUCGGUCCCUCAUCCCUCAGCCUGUAUUGAUACCUGGGGUUUCCCUGAUCCAGGUGCAGGACCUUGCACUUGGCCUUGUUGAACCUCAAGAGGUUCAUGUGGGCCCACUUCUCAAGCUUGUCCUGGUUCCUGUGGAUGGCAUCCUGUCUCUCGGGUGUGUCAGCUGCACCACUCAGCUUGGUGGUGUCUGCAAACUUGCUGGGCGUGUACUUGACCCCACUGUCUAUGUCACUGAUGAAGAUAUGAAAUAGUACUGGUCCCAAUACAGACCCCUGAGGGACAUCACUUGUCACUGAUCUCCAUCUGGACAUUGAGCUGUUGACCACUGCCCUCUGGAUGUGACCAGCCAGCCAAUUCCUCAUCCACUGAAGAGUCCAUCCAUCAAAUCCCUCUCUCCCCAAUUUAAAGAAAGAGAUUUUGUGGGGAACCAUGUCAAAGGCCUUACAGAAUUCCAGAUAGAUGACAUCCAUAGCUCUUGCCUUCACUCAUGUAGUCACUCCAUCAUAGAAGGCCACUAGGCUGGCCAAGCAAGACUUGCCCUGGGUGAAGCCAUGCUGGUUGUCUCUAAUCACCUUCCUGUACUCUAUGUGCCUUAGUGUAGCUUCUGUUCCACAACUUUCCCAGGCACAGAGGUGAGGCUGACAGGUCGGUAGUUCCCAGGGUCCUCCUUUCUACCCUUUUUAAAAAUGGAUGUAAUGUUUCCCUUUUUCCGGUCACUGGGGACUUCACCUGACUGCCAUGGCUUUUCAAAUAUUGUGGAGAGUGGCUUGGCAACUACAUCAGCCAAUUCCUUCAGGACUCUGGGAUGCAUCUCGUCAGGUCCCAUAGACUUAUGUAUGUUCAGGUUCCUCAGGUGAUCACUGAACCUGAUCAUCUUUUACAGUGGGAGGGACUUUGCUUUGCUCCCCCAGUCCCUGUCUUGCAGUCCAUCCACUCGAGAGCUGUGGGAAGAGAGGUUGUCAGUGAAGACUGAGGCAAAAAUGUUGUUGAGUACGUCAGCCUUCUCCUUGUCUGUUGUUACCAGUUUGCCAGUCGUGUUCAUCGAGGGGGGUAUGGUUUCUUUGACCUUCCUUUUCUGGUUGACGUACCUGUAGAAGCUCUUCUUAUUAUUUGUGUCCCUUGCCAAGUUCAGCUCCAGCUGUGCCUUGGCCUUCCUGACCCCAUCUCUACACAACUGGGCAGCAUCCGUAUACUCUUCUCAGGAUACCUGUCCCUGCUUCCACUGCCUGUGCAUUUCCUUCUUGUCCUUUAGUUUGACCAGCAGGCCUUGACUCAUCCAUGCUGGUCUCUUGCCUUUCUUUCCUGAUUACUUACACCUGGGGAUCAAGAGCUCUUGCACUCUUUGGAAAGCAUCCUUAAAGAUCUGCCAGCUCUGUUCUGCUCCCUUGUCCUUGAGGGCAGUUUCCCAGGGGGUCCUAUUGACUAAUUCCUUGAACAGCUGGAAUUUUCCUUUCCUAAAAUUCAGGGUCCUAACUUUACUCUUUGCCUGUCCCAUAUCCCUCAGGACUGAGAACUCUUACCUGUGCAUGAUCACUGCAGCCCAGGCUGCCUCUAGUCUUAACAUCACUGAUUAGCUCAAUUGCAUUGGUGACCAUCAGGUCAGGUAUCGCAUCCCCUCUGGUAGGGCUGUCUAUUACCUGGCUUAAGAAAUUAUCCUCCAUGCACUCCCGGAGUCUCCUGGAUUGCCUACAGCUCGCCGUGCUACUUUUCUUUUCCAGCAGAUGUCAGGGUGGUUGAAGUCCCCCAGCGGGGUGAGAGCUUGCAAGCGGGGUGCCUCCUGUAGCUGGAGUAAGAAGGCUUUGUCAAUAGGCUCCCCUUGAUCGGGCGGCCUGCAGUAGACACCAACCACAAGGUUCCCUUUGCCUCGGUCUCUAAUUCUCACCCAUAAGCUUUCACCCUGCUCAUGGCUAUUCUGCAGAGACAGCUCUUCACAAUCUAUCCAUUUCUUGAUGUAGAGGGCAACGCCUCCACCCCUCCUUCCUCACCUGUCCCUUCUGAACAGCCUGUAGCCAUCAGUAGCCACUCUCCAGUCAGGGGAUUCAUCCCACCAAGUUUCAGUAAUGGCAACUAGCAGCACGGUGGCUUCUAACUCCUCCUGGUUGUUGCCCAUGCUGCGUGCAUUGGUGUAGAGGCACUUUAGCUGGGCUGUUGGCCGUAUCAUGUUCUUAGAGCAACACACCUUAGUUCCUUUGAGGUAUUUCCCCAGUGUUUCCCUCUUGGCUCUUAUUACCUCAGGAGCCCCUGGCUCAUCUCCAUAAGACUUCAGUUGUGCUCCAGUGUACCCAGAAUGUCUCAGAGCAACAGGCUCAGGGGCCUCACUAGCACCCCAUCCCUCUAACCUUGGCGUUUUGUCCCACAGCUUGUCAUGGGCAAGCCUCAUAUUAUCUCCCUCCCCUUUCAAGUCUAGUUUAAAGCUCUGUCAAUGAGCCCUGCUAGCUCAUGAGCAAAGACCCUCUUCCCCUUUCAGAAAGGUGAAUCCCAUCUGACACCAGCAGGCCUGGUGCCAUGUAGGCCAUCCCAUUAUUGAAAAACCCAAAAUUGUGGCGGUGACACCAGCCAUGGAGCUAUGUAUUAAUAGACUGGGUCUCUCUGUUUCUUCCACUGUCACUGACCGCAACUGAAAGAACAGAGGAAAAAAUAACCUCUGCUCUAGAUUCCCUAACGAACCGUCCCAAGGCCCUGAAGUCUCUUUUGAUUGCCCUUGGACAAUGGGUUGCAGCUUCAUCACCACCCACAUGGAAGAGCAGUAACAGGUAACGGUCCGAGGGGCCGUACCAGGCUAGAAAGUUUCCUAGUGAUGUCCUUAAUCCAGGCCUCAGGGAGGCAGCAGACUUCCCUAACAGGAGCGUCUCUUCAGCAUGUUGGACCCUCUGUUCCCCUCAGAAGGGAGGCGCCUACAACUAUAACCCAUGUUUUCUUCCUCAUGGAGGUGGUUGUGAUACAGGAGGUAGGCUUUUCUGACCUUGGCAACGCCUCUGGUGUAGAUGGACUGUCAUCCACAUCAUCCAUUGACUAGCCUUCCACAUCCAGAGCCCCAUACCUGUUGUACAGAGGCACCUGGGAAGGCAAGGUGGGCAAGGAGGGGGUUCGUCUGCCGCACCAAGUGUGGACUCGCCUCCAUUCACUCCUUUCGUUUAAGCUACUGUGUUGAGCCUGGCGGGGGGAGAAUACAGGAUCUUCUUUGACCUUGGUUUUUUUCUGGUGGCUGUCCCUGUUUCUGUCUCAGGGAGGGCAGAGCAUGGUUCUACCAGUCUAUCUCCUUUUCAGACCCCUGAUGCUCCUUAACCUUUCUACUUCCUCCUGUAGCUCUGCCACCAGGCUGAGCAGAUCGUCCACUUGGUCACACCUCACACAGCUCUUCUCACUACUGCCAUUCAUUACCAGUGAAAGGCUCUGGCACACCCUGCAGCCUGAGACCUGGAGGGCUGCCUGUUUUUGUGGGAGCUCUGUCUGGGUUGCCACAUCUGUUCUGGUGAGUGCAGAGGACAUGGCUUUCUGCCAGGUGGAUACCAUAGCAAAGCUCCUUCUGGGAGGGUGAUGACUACCAACUGAACUCACCUCUUGAGCUGGUAGGGUGAGGACACCCUUCCACAUGAACUGCUCUGCCACGUUCUGUUUGCCCGCUCUGGUCACAGAGGCCCUGGUUGCUAGCGCUCCUCGGGCUGCUUUUUAUAGGUGCAGGGGUGUCUGUGGCCCCGUGCGCUGAGACCUGCCACUGUAAAGCUUGAGCUUGAGUGUAGUACCUGGGUUGUCUCUCAGGGCUGCUUCCUGACAGUAGCAGGUAUUCUGUAAUUGUUGCACACUGAUCCUUCCACACGUGGUAAACCCUGCCCCAGGCAGGGGAGGCUUGAAGAGACUGUAAGCCCCAGCCCAACUUCUCUCUCUGUCCCAAGAAAAUCAGGAGGCAGCUGCGUUUGGGAGUCAGCAGGGCUCUGGCUGAGCAUGGGGAGCCCCAGUAGAAAGUGUUGGGCACCUUCUGGGCUUCUUUGGGGAGCGGGGCAUAGGGCUGCAUCCUCUCUGGCGGGAGGCCUCCCCUUGUGGGGCGGGGGCCCGGCGGGUGGGUGCCUUUUUUAAUGACAGUUACUACGUUUUCAAAGAAAACCACCACCCCGAGCUCCGUGGGGUGGGGGCCCUAAAUAAAAUGUC